UGAGGAGGAGAGGAGGGCUCUGAGGUUAUAGGUAAUAGGACGGGCUCUCCGUUUCACUGUGACAUGAAACGAAUAGCCUGAUUGCAGCCAUAGCAACGCCACUGGUGCUGUAUCCUAAAGUGGUUUCCACUGGAUACAAUAGGCUGGGGCUGCUUUGAACUCGUCGCCGCCCAGCCACGCAAAGGUUCCGAAGGCGCGCACUCUAUUCCCAGGCGCUGUCAUGGACGAGGCUGAGGAUGGAGAAGAUGAGUCCAAAUUCCAGCAGCCUUUAUUGUGCGGAACCGGCUCCGUUGGUGGCGGAGGCGAUAGGAACGGUCUAAGUUUGAAGAUGAAGCAAUUUACGCCAGGAGGGGGAGCAUCAUCAACAGCGCGCAAGAACUCCAACAAUGAGCUGUGGUUCAUGCAAGGCGAAGAGUCCGCACCUUGUGCUCCUACAGGCGCCACAAGCUGUGCUCUGUUAUGCCAGGGAGAUGCUACUGCCCGUGGCGGCUCAUACUAUAGGGCUGGAGGGGACUUAGCCCCAGGGUCAGCGGUAACCGGGUUGGCUACUUGUUGGACAGGUGAAGGCACUACCGGUGUGAUAUGCAACAACAACGGAGAUUGCAGAAGGGACCCCAACAUUUCAGGGAGCCUGUCCUCCAUCGUCUCUAGGCAGGAGAAACAGACCGGUGGAAUAGUUGCAGCGGACAACGGGAAAAGGCCAACUAGAUGUAAUUCCAGAGUCGCCAGCAUGGACGGUUCGAUCACCUCAGUACAGGGGCAAGGGCCCGAGGUGGCCGGGGCCACAACUACUGGCAAUGAGAAAAAGGACUCCAGAGUUUCCUUCUCAAGUGCCCCUAAUAGAAAAGCAUCGUCCUCUGUGCAGAACCAACAGAACAGGAAUUCUCUCGCAUUUUUUAAAUCUGAGGAUGGACCCCAGAUUGUGCCAGAUGAUGGGGAACCGCAGGACAAUCGGACUUAUAUGCAGCGCCAAUUUAGUUCCAUGCUUCAGCCUGGAGUUAAUAAAUUUUCCCUGCGUAUGUUUGGGAGCCAAAAAGCGGUGGAAAAGGAACAAGAGCGCGUCCAAUCGGCCGGUAAUUGGAUUAUUCAUCCAUACAGCGAUUUCAGGUUCUACUGGGAUUUCACCAUGCUGAUGUUCAUGGUGGGCAACCUCAUCAUCAUCCCCGUUGGGAUCACCUUCUUCAAGGACGAGACCACCGCGCCCUGGAUCAUCUUCAACGUGGUCUCUGACACCUUCUUCCUCAUGGACCUGGUCCUCAACUUCCGCACAGGCAUUGUAUUUGAGGACAACACCGAGAUUAUCCUGGACCCCAGGAAGAUCAAGAGGACGUACCUGAAGACCUGGUUCUUGGUGGACUUUGUCUCCUCCAUCCCUGUGGAUUAUAUCUUCCUGAUUGUUGAGAAGGGGAUCGACUCUGAGUUGUAUAAGACGGCCAGAGCCCUGAGGAUCCUACGCUUUACCAAGAUCCUCAGUCUGCUGAGGCUGCUCAGGCUGUCCAGGCUAAUCCGCUACAUCCACCAAUGGGAAGAGAUCUUCCAUAUGACCUAUGACCUGGCCAGUGCAGUGAUGCGUAUCUUCAACCUGAUUGGUAUGAUGCUGCUGCUGUGUCACUGGGAUGGCUGUUUGCAGUUCCUGGUUCCCAUGCUGCAGGACUUCCCCCAGGACUGUUGGGUCUCUCUCAACAAGAUGGUGAACGACUCGUGGAGCGAGCUGUACUCCUUUGCCCUGUUCAAGGCCAUGAGUCACAUGCUGUGUAUCGGUUACGGGCGCCAAGCCCCAGAGAGCAUGUCUGAUAUCUGGCUGACCAUGCUCAGUAUGAUCGUGGGCGCCACCUGCUAUGCCAUGUUCAUUGGCCAUGCCACUGCCCUCAUCCAGUCCCUGGACUCAUCCCGGCGCCAGUACCAGGAGAAGUACAAACAAGUGGAGCAGUACAUGUCUUUCCACAAACUGCCGGCUGACUUCCGACAGAAAAUCCAUGACUACUAUGAACACAGAUACCAGGGCAAGAUGUUUGAUGAGGAGAGCAUCCUGGAGGAGCUUAAUGAACCACUGCGGGAGGAAAUUGUCAACUUCAACUGCCGUAAGCUGGUGGCAUCCAUGCCCCUGUUUGCCAAUGCCGACCCCAACUUUGUGACAGCCAUGUUGACCAAGCUCCGCUUCGAGGUCUUCCAGCCCGGAGAUUACAUCAUCAGGGAGGGCACCAUCGGCAAGAAGAUGUACUUCAUCCAACAUGGUGUGACCAGCGUGCUGACCAAAGGAACUAUGGGCAUGAAGCUUUCUGAUGGAUCCUACUUUGGAGAGAUCUGUCUGUUGACCCGAGGCAGACGGACGGCCAGUGUGCGGGCGGACACGUACUGCCGUCUCUACUCCCUGUCUGUGGAUAACUUCAAUGAGGUGCUGGAGGAGUACCCCAUGAUGAGACGAGCCUUCGAGACUGUGGCCAUCGACCGACUGGACCGGAUAGGGAAGAAGAACUCUAUCCUAAUGCACAAGGUUCAGCAUGACCUCAACUCGGGUGUCUUCAACAACCGAGAGAAUGAAAUUAUCCAAGAGAUUGUGAAAUAUGACCGUGAGAUGGUGCAGCAGGUGGACAUGCAGAGGCCUCGUGCCAUGUCCAUGUCCAACCCCCCCACGCACGGGGGUAUCUUCGCUCCUCCAGCCCCACCUCAGAGCUCAGCCAUCGCCACCCUCCAGCAGGCUGUGGCUAUGAGCUUCUGUCCCCCCAUGGCAGGCCCCCUGGUAGGGGCCGGGGCCCUGCAGUCACCUCGGAUGGUACGGAGGUUCCAGGUGAUGCAGAGCAUGUCAGCCUCCCCUCCUCCCCUGACUGAGCAGACCAUGCAGCCCCAGCUACACGCCGGUGGUGCCUUCGCCUCCGCCCUCUCGAGCCCCCCCAUCCAGAGCCCCCUAGUUGCUGGGGGACGGACAUUCCAGUACGGCCACUCUUCUGGCUCCCAGCUCUCCCUGGUCCAGCAGAUUGUACCCAGCCCCCCACACCGGCCCAACACCCAUAACAGCACCCGCUCUCUGCACAUGGGCAGUCUGAGUCAGGACGCCAGGGCACUGUCUGCCUCUCAGCCCUCUCUGCCCCAGGGAGGGGCUCAACCCAUGGCCCCGAGCCCAUCACAGUCCAACCGUGUUUCCUCAACCUCCAUUGGGCCACCUCAGACCCCCCCGGGUUCUGUGGGGCUCAGGAGCGCUGUGACUCAUAGGAUGGUUCUGCCCCACCAGAUGUCUGUGGGGGCGUUUCCUCUAGCCUCCCUCCCGGGGACUCUGACAUCGCUGGGGACAGGCAUGGGUGCGGGUAUGGGAAUCGGCAUGGGAGUGGGCAUGGGAUCAGGCUUGGCGCCAGCCCUUCCGGACUCGGGUUUACCCAAAAAGGACUCCAAAGCCAGCCACCCUGAGACAGACCAUGUCAGAUCGAGGCUAUCUUCCAAUUUGUGACCUUUAUUAGAUUUCUGCAGAGCCAGGAGUUUUUGGUUGUGGGAACUGUGGAAGGUUUUGUCCUUAGACCCCAUAAUCUCCCCUCUCCCUGUCACGCGGGUCUGAAUAUGACUAUAAGAAUGUAUGCUGUGGGACCUUGGAGAGGGAGACCGUAGCUGGAAGACAAUGUAUGACUAACAAUAUAGUUAUUAUCAGAGGUGGGAUGUUUCUACUCCACCCACAGACAUAGAUAGUAGAUACCGGCCGUACGUAGUAGUAGCACCUUCUCCCCACAUCUCUCCUUUAUUUACUCUCUUUACUGUAACCAUAUUCAACAUAAAUAGCACGCAUCUCUCACCCAUUAUCUAUAUAGUUGAACAAUACAAACUGGCAGGGACAAGAAGAAAAUCAGGAACCUGCUUCCGAUGACAACGAUGACAUCAACACUUUGCAGAAGUUCUUCUGGGAUUUCAUCUUUUCUCUACGGACUGGUUUUAACAAAAGUUCUACUCACGUCACUGUAAUAUUGUUUCAGAAAACAAGAAAAUGUUUUUUUUAGACCAUGUCUUAAAUUAUUGUUUUUUUUUUGUUUUGUUUUUUUACAGGUUGGGCUUAAUAAACAAAAUGUUGCAUUGCA